CUCCCCCUUGCCUUGGCCCCACCUCUGCUCUGAGCUGCCUGAUCACUUCCCAGCAAGAGAGAAAGAGAGAGUAGGAGCGUCGCGUUCCCCCCUGUAGGGUCCCUGUGCCGGUGCUUGCGGGACAGCCUGGCAGUGGUGGGCAUUGGGGGUGAGAUGCACGUAGCAGCCCGCUAGCUGCUGCCACCUCCCUACAGGGCAGACAUCGGGAGUGCAGGCUGAAGUCGGGGCUCCAUCCCCGCAGUCCCAUGCACGGUCUCUCCGCUCACUGUCUCCGGCGGCUGGAAACUCCUUGGAAGUGGAUCUGUGCAGAGAGUAGCCGGACUGUGCACCAUCCCUCGGCACCGGUCACGGCGUAGCCCAGCUGUGGCAGGCGGACAGAAGCCGGGGAGGGGGGAGAGGGUACGGAGCGCUCCUUCUGUGCAGGAGAAGACUUGGUGGGAGCUACCUUGGAGUGUGGCCGGGGAGCGAUGACUUCUCUCCGGGUCCCCAGGGCUGCAGCGCCCGCUCUGACACUUCUGGCUCUGCUUCUCAGCUGCAACUUCGGAUGCUCUCUGGCAGGAUUAGAGUAUAGCGAUGUCCUCCCAGACUCCUUCCCGUCAGCACCGGCAGAGUCCCUGCCACAUUUCCUAUUGGAACCAGAAGAUGCCUACAUUGUAAAGAACAAGCCUGUAGAGUUAGUGUGUAAGGCGAACCCAGCCAUACAGAUCUACUUCAAGUGCAAUGGAGAGUGGGUCAACCAGAAUGACCACAUUACUAAAGAAAGGGUCGAUGAGUUAACAGGCCUUGUGGUGCGAGAGGUGCAGAUCGAAGUUUCCAGGCAGCAGGUGGAGGAGCUGUUUGGUCUGGAGGAUUACUGGUGUCAGUGUGUAGCGUGGAGUUCAGCUGGAACCACCAAAAGCCGUCGGGCCUAUGUCAGAAUAGCAUAUCUGCGGAAGAAUUUUGACCAGGAACCGUUGGGCAAAGAAGUACCUCUAGAACAGGAAGUGUUGCUGCAAUGCCGUCCACCAGAGGGCAUUCCACAUGCUGAGGUGGAGUGGUUAAGGAAUGAAGACACCAUUGACCCUACACAAGACACUAAUUUCCUCAUAACAAUUGACCAUAACCUCAUAAUUAAGCAAGCCCGGCUCUCAGACACAGCCAACUACACCUGCGUUGCUAAGAAUAUUGUUGCCAAGCGCAGAAGUACCACAGCAACCGUCAUUGUUUAUGUGAAUGGAGGAUGGUCAUCUUGGUCGGAAUGGUCACCAUGUAACAACCCGUGUGGCCGGGGUAUACAAAAGAGGACUCGAAUGUGUACACAUCCUACCCCCCUCAAUGGCGGCUCAUUUUGUGAUGGCCAACCAUUUCAGAAGCUCACCUGUACCACGAUGUGCCCAGUUGAUGGAGGCUGGACUGAGUGGAGCAAGUGGUCUGCCUGCAGCACCGAAUGCACUCAUUGGCGGAGAAGAGAUUGUAAUGCACCCACUCCUAAAAAUGGUGGAAAGGAUUGCAACGGCAUGAUCUUAGACUCGAAGAACUGCACUGAUGGCAUGUGUAUGCAAAACAGGCGAGUCUUAGGUGAGCCAAAAAGCCAUUUGUUGGACUCAACAGGAGAUGUUGCUCUCUAUGCUGGCCUGGUUGUUGCCGUUUUCAUCUUCAUUGUUAUACUCAUGGCCGUUGGUAUAGUUGUGUACAGGCGCAACUGCCGUGAUUUUGACACAGACAUCACGGAUUCCUCGGCUGCCCUUACAGGAGGCUUUCACCCAGUAAACUUCAAGACUUCGAGGCACGACAAUUCGCAUUUGCUUCACCCAUCAAUGCAGCCAGACCUAACCGCCAAUGCUGGAAUAUAUCGUGGCCAUAUGUACGCAUUGCAAGAUUCUGCUGACAAAAUACCCAUGACCAAUUCUCCAUUGUUGGAUCCACUCCCAAAUUUAAAGAUUAAAGUCUACAAUUCUUCUCCAGUCGGAUCAUCUCCUGGGAUACAUGAAGACCUGCUUGGUGCAAAGCCUUUAGGGACAUACCCAUCAGACACCAACAUCAUUAAUGCCAGAAAUAAAACUAUAAGUAGCCAACAUCUUCUGACAUUGCCCCGGGACUCUAGUAACAGUGUGACCGGGACAUUUGGGAGCCUCGGAGGCAGACUAACAUUCCCAAACACAGGAGUGAGUUUGCUGAUACCACAUGGAGCAAUUCCACAAGGAAAGUACUAUGAAAUGUAUUUGAUGAUUAACAAAAGAGAAAAUACAGUACUACCUUCGGAGGGGACACAAACCAUUCUGAGUCCUAUGGUAACAUGUGGGCCCACCGGACUUCUCCUAUGUCGCCCAGUCAUUUUGACCAUUCCACAUUGUGCAGACAUCACCACAUCAGACUGGAUUUUACAACUGAAGACUCAGUCUCACCAAGGAAGCUGGGAGGAUGUGGUGACUUUAAAUGAAGAGACACUCAACACGCCGUGCUACUGCCAGCUAGAAUGCCAGUCCUGCCACAUUUUACUUGACCAGUUAGGCACCUAUGCUUUCGUUGGGGAGUCUUAUUCCAGAUCAGCCACAAAGAGGCUGCAGCUGGCUAUCUUUGCACCAAUCUUCUGUACAUCUCUUGAAUAUAAUCUCAAGGUGUACUGCUUGGAAGACACACCUGAUGCAUUAAAGGAAGUCCUAGAGUUGGAGAAGAUCUUAGGAGGAUAUCUAAUAGAGGAGCCAAAGCCACUGAUGUUUAAAGACAGUUAUCACAACCUGCGUCUGUCUAUUCAUGAUAUUCCUCAUUCACUGUGGAGAAGCAAACUGCUAGCAAAAUUCCAGGAGAUACCUUUUUAUCACAUCUGGAGUGGAAGUCAGCGGUCGUUACAUUGUACAUUCACUCUGGAGAGGUACAGCCUGGCUUCCACAGAGCUCAUAUGCAAAAUUUGUGUGAGGCAGGUGGAAGGAGAAGGACAGAUAUUCCAGUUGCAUACCAUGCUAGAAGAGAAUGCCAAAUCAUUUGAUCCAUUUUAUUCACAUCCUGGAAGCAAUGUGACAACCCAGUUAGGACCAUAUGCCUUUAAGAUCCCCUUAUCAAUCCGACAGAAAAUCUGCAACAGUUUGGAUGCCCCCAAUUCCAGAGGCAAUGACUGGAGACUUCUGGCCCAAAAGCUCAGCAUGGAUAGAUAUCUGAACUAUUUUGCCACCAAAGCCACUCCAACAGGUGUUAUAUUGGACUUAUGGGAAGCCUUACACCAGGAUGAUGGUGAUCUUAACACUCUGGCUAGUGCCUUGGAGGAGAUGGGCAAAAGUGAGAUGAUGCUCGUCAUGGCAACAGAAGGAGACUGCUAAUGACCUACUAACUUGGUUGACUUGACUUGGUUGAACUGAGUCGUUGAAUUUGUGGUAUAUCGGUUUGCAGCAGAAAGCACUCUGGUCCUUAAGCAAGAGACGUUUUCUGUCCUUGUUUGUGCUGGAUGCCUCACAGAGCUGCAGUUUGGUAGGGAGGAUGAGUACUCCUUACGGUCUAAUCACAACCAGCCUUAGAAAUCCUUACAUACUCUGUUUACAAGCCAUCCAAGUGUCUAAUGGAAUACCUUUUACACUCAACAAAAUGCCAUGCAAGAGUGGAAAGCAUCUUUGUUACCAUGACAGCUGCUGGCCGACAUCUUUCACGUUACCGUUCUAAGCAUUUAAGACUUUGUAGUUUUUAAGCUCUUUCAUUUCCUCCAGCUUUCAAACAUGUUAUGUAUUCCUUGAAAGAUCAUGUACAAUCUGAUCAAACUGCUUCUAAUCCUGUCCAAGCUUGGAAAACAGCCUUACUAUUUGAGGCAAAAGGUUUCUUAGGAAACGCAAGUUUAUUUAUUAUCCAAAUCUUUGGAUGAAUCUUUGUUUUAUAUGUAACUGGUUGAGAUUUUUGAGUGUGUGGACCCAAGUGUGUGAAUGAGGCUUGCUAACCAUUCCGGUCUGGUAGAAGUUUCUAAUAUUAGAUGAAGCUUACUUGGAUGGCUUAUUUACACUUAUGGGGCCUACUGUCAGUAUAAUAAUGCUCAUUGUGUGGAUGUGUAUACUUAUGAUUUGGAAAUAUUUUGUUGCCUUCCUUUACUUUCCUCAUUCUACCUUCUGCAUAUAACAAAUACCUGAAUGGAAACCCUACACAGCUCAGGGAGAAUAUUGCCGGGGUGGGAAGGGGGUAGUUCACUUUAUGUAAAGCUUGUUUUUUAAGCUUCUUUACAAGACAUAAUUUGAAAUCGAUUACAUUUAGCCAAAGUUUGGGACACAUUUGUUUGGCCUCUUUCUGAAAAUUGUCAGAUAGGUUAAUUGUACAAGCAAGUGCUUUAACAUCUGAUUUGGGGACAAAUGUACUUAGUCUUGGAGAGUGAUAAAGUGUAUAGAGAUACUACCAACCAAUCAGCUCCUUUUUAUUUUUCAAACACAGCCUGUAAUAUGGCAGUCAGGUGCUGAUUGGUGGAUACUUUUUCUCUCUCCACUUUGUCAUUCUCCAAGGCUUAGUACAUCUCCACAAUGGGGAGAAACUUAUCAGACUUUGUAAAGAGGGCAAAUAGAGGUUUUGCCCAUAGCAGCUAAUGAAAAUCUAAGUAUCAUUUAUCGUGUAUGUUUUAUAAAAUGAUAGUUAGGAUGGGAGGCAGUCACAUUGCUGGCUGUCGGGAUUCCGGCGGUCAGGAUACCGACGCCGGAAUCCCGACUCCCGGUGAAAUUCCAACUGCCACCCCCGAAUCCCCACCACCACCCGAGGGGGAAUAAGCGUGGCAAACCGGUAUUCCAGCAUCGGUCUGCUGACCACAGGGAUCCCAACAGCUGGCAUAUCAUACUGAUCCCGUUAGGAUUUGAUUGGUUCUGCAAUAACUCCACUAGUCCUCAUUAGAAAGUUUGCUAAAUGUCUCCCUUACUUGUUUUCACUGUACUAUCAAACAAAAGAAAUCCGAUUAUUAAGGAUUGUAGUAUUUUUCAUCCAUGCCAACUGUUCACCAGGUUUUUUUUCCAUAAAUGUCCCUGUAUUUUUGGGUUUCCUAUUCUCCAUGUAAGGUAACAUGAUUGAUAAAGCAUUAUUUUAAUUACACCAGUACACCAGUGGCUUAUAUGUCCAGGAAAUUUGUAUAUAUUUGCAUUUAUACAUCCUAGGUGGGAGCAGUAAUUUUGAAAACCUACUGUAGCUGAAAAAAAAUCAUAGACUGCUAUAGCAACAGCACCCAUCUCCAGGCUCAGGAAGUAGUGAGACAUUUAUAUUCUGUCAGUGCUACAUGUGCAAUUGGAAACACUUGCAUCAUGUCAUAAUAUGAAACCGGUGAAAAUGCAUUUGUGAAUGUGCUCUGUCCUAAUACUCAGAGCAUAAAUAUUCUUUUAAAACUACAAUCUGUUGACCGCUAAAGAGUCCACUUCUUAAAGUAAAAAAUGUAAGCUUUUAAUUUGAUUGUAGGUUUUAAUUACCACUGACUAUUUAUUGUUUGUUAUAUUGCUUUUUUUUUGUUCUGUUCCCAGCAGGAUUUAAGUUUAUUCAUAAAAAAACACAACUUUGUCAUUGUAGGAUUUGAAAUCGCAUCUAUGAUCCACUAAAAAUACGUAAAAAGAUCUGAAUUAAAAAUUAUUUUUUAUACUUCCACUGGCAUUGUUCUCCAAAGCAUUUUACAUAUCUCUGUCCCUAAUAUCGCCAUCAACAUUACAGGCUAUACUACUUCUAAGGAUGGAUUCCAGGAUUCAUGUUACAGGCAACUUGAAGGUUUUUUUUUAUUUUAAAUUAAAGCAGCAAUUAAACAGUAAACAUGCAUGAGAUAUUCUUCAGUAGUAGACAUAAUGUAAAGUAACAAUAACAGACAACUAGUGUUGUUUGGUGUCUCAUACGUCUUUGUAGAAGUUGGAAUUAUGUUUUUAAAUAAAGCCUAGUUACUAAUUUUUUUAAUCAAGAAAACUCAUAUUUUAAUAUUCAGAUGUCAGACUGUGCCAAAGAUACCCAUAUGUUUAACCGUUGGCUAUUUGCCUAUUUCUCAUCACUUAGUAGAUAAUUAGCUUGUAAAUGAAUAGCGCAAAGGGCCUUUCUUAAAUGUAGGAGAAAAUGCAGUGAAGGGAUGCAAGUUUGUAUCUGGAAAUAUUUAGAUACAGUACAAGUGGGAGCAUGUACAGUAUGUAUUACAUUAUAUAUUGUGUGUAUAUAUACACAGACAUACAUACAUAAUGUGCUUUUGUUUAACUUUGUUGUUUUAUUUAUUUUGUGGCCUUCUCAAAGUCUCGAUGUAUUUGUAUCAUCCUCCUCAAUGUUGUUAUAUGCUUACAAAAGGCAUACAUGGAAGAGGGCAAAGUUGUUGUCUAAUUUCCUUAUUUCUCUUUCAGCAGAUGCAAGGAUUUAAACUGCACUGCCCUUGUUAAUACAGAAUAUGGCUAAUUAUCAGUUAAGAAUAAGGACAGUAUUUACCUCUCUUUAAUCUGUACUAUUUGUCCGUCUUGAGUUUAAGGAUGAAACUGAAGAUAGCUUUAAUUAUAGUACAUUAAUGAGUGCAUCAUAACAACCAUUUAUGACAAGUGGAAUUUUAAUUCCAGGAAAAAAAUGAGGGAUUGUUUGAGUUUGCUUUCCGGUUAAGUCUUGGAAAUAAUUAGUUGAGUACUUUAGCUUAGCCUCUUCUCUCAGGGUUUAUGCAGGUCUUGUUGGGUUCAUGGCUUCUCAGGGGUGCAUGGUGUUUCCUGUUUGUAGGUUCUUCUCUCUUUUUUUAUUUUUAUUUUUUCUCAGUUUUUUUGUUGUUGUUGUUGCUGCAAGUCACAGCAUUAUACAGGAGGAGGCAGGGCCAUAUUUACAGCAUUUGUCAGUAUGCCCUCCCACGUAGGCGACCCAUUCAGCAUUUAGAAUUUCCCAAAGGGCACAUUGAAGUGAAGACCAGAUCUGUCUACAGUGUUCUCCCCAGAUUAUUUUUUGCCAGGCGGCAUGCUGCUGGCAAUGGGGGAAGGGGAAAGGGGGGGCUCACCAGGGUAAGCGAGAUCCGGUAGAUGUUCUUCCUCUGGGGGGUGCCCUGCUCCAUCUGUGGGGGUGAAGGUUCUAGCAGGAACAUGGCUGGGAGAAAGUGCCCCCAGCAGCUGGGGCAGUAAUGACCGAUCUCAGCGCAGAGCGGCCAUCUCCCCACCUCUCCCCACUGCUGGCCACCCCAGCCCGCUGACAGCAGCGCAGCUGAACAGCCAGGUGUAGCUCUGAUGGCAGAGGCAAGGGGAACCUGGGACGGCAGCGUAUAGUGCCCACAGGAAUCUGGCACAUGGGGAAAGGGGCAGAGACACCCCGAGGGGAGGA